AUGUUUGAAGCAUUCGAUGAUAUUAAUACUUGUAUUGAUUACAUGACAGAUGCUGUACAAUACAAAAUAUGUCUUAUUAUUACUGAAGGCGAUGCAGAAUUGAUCAUACCGGUACUCGUAGAUUUCAUACAAAUUGAUUCAAUAUUUAUUCUUUGCUUGGAUGAGUCAACAACUGAUCGAUCGAUUGAAAAUUAUCCGAAAGUAAAAGGUGUGUUUAACAAUAUUCGAGUGAUCAUUCAGUAUAUUGAAGAAACACACUGUGACACAAGUAGCACAAUUGGUUUCGAUGUUGUUGGUAAAUCGAUUGCUUUAUUACCGGGUGAUCCUACUCAAGCAAACAAGCAAGAAGUAAUGUUUAUGUAUGGUCAAUUGAUAAAAGAAAUUUUAACUCGAUUACCUUAUUCAAAGAUUGAUAUAGAUCAUAUGUUUGAAUAUUUUUUUGUUAAGUAUAUUAAUGAACCAUCUAGAAUCGAAAAAUUUGUUGAAUUUGAACGAGAUUAUAGACAAAAUACGCCUGUUUGGUGGUAUACAAAAGAUUUUCUUUACAGCAUACUAAAUACAGCAUUACGUACACAUAAUAUAUCCAUGUUAUAUCCGAUGCGUGUGUUUAUUCGUGAUCUUCAUCAACAACUUAUUCAACUUCAUUCGAAUUUACUCAACACCGGCAUAAUGAAACUCUAUCGAGGUCAGCUAAUUCCAAUAGAAGAAUUUGAAAAGAUUAGAAAAAAUCCAGGUGGAUUAUUAUCAAUCAAUAGUUUUUUAUCAACUAGUCGUAAUAAAGAUCUUGCUGAGAUUUUUGCUGGUAUCUCGAAUAACGAUCCAAAUAUGACAUCAGUGCUAUUAGAAAUCACUGUCGAUACAUCGGUGCCAACGACUACACCGUUUGCUAGUAUUGGAGCAUUAAGUAACUUUGGUGAGGGCGAAGAUGAAUAUCUUUUUACGAUGGAUAGUGUCUUUCGCAUUAAUUCUAUUGAGAAAUGUAAUGCAAAUAUAGAUUGGUGUGUGAGACUUACAUUAACAAAUGAUAAUGAUCCAGAUUUAUUUCGUCUUACGAAUUCCAUCAGAUCUUUAGUAAUAACAAAAGACAUUAGUCAUGGUGAUAUUUGUAGUCUUGCUAUGUUAAUGAUGAUCAUGGACGAAACUGAAUUAGCCAUAGAAAUUUUAGAAACAGUACUCAACGAACAAAUCGAUCCAGUCGAACGUUUUAAAAUUUAUGUUUCUUUAGGUACUUUAUAUACGGCUUUGAAAGAUAGUCAACAAGCACUCCUAAAUUAUAAAAAAGCAGUGAAUAGUUACGUUCUUCGUUUUUUGCCAAUGAACGUUCUAGCUGAUAUCUAUUAUGGACUAAGUGAACUAUGUAUGUUGCAAAAAAAAUUUCAACUCGCUCUUAUUAAUGUCGAAAUAGCACUUGGUGUUGAGCUACUUCGUUGUCCGAAACCGUAUGGAGAAAGGCUUGCACAUAUCUACCAUGUGAUAGGUCGGAUUUACGAAAAUUUAGACAAAAAAAAUGAAAGUCUUACUUAUUAUCAACUGGCGAUCAAAUAUGCCACGAAACAUUUUCCACGUCAUCAUCCAUUCAUUGCAAUAUGCAUGAUGAGUCAAGCUGCUCUUCUGUAUCGUGAAAAUCAACUCGGACAGGUGGUAUCUAAUAUACAAGAAAGUGGACGUAUACUAGCGAAUUCAUUGUCAACGCAACAUGAAUUACAAACAUAUGUUCACAUGACUGAUGCUCAAAAUUUCUGUGAGAAACAUGAUUGGAACAAUGCUUUGGCAAGUUAUCAAAAAGCAUUAAGAUUGUCUCAUUUGCAAGUAUCAUCAAGUCACACAAGCAACUGUCCUAUUCUUUGUGGAAUGGCUUCAGUAUACACUCGAUUGGGCCGAUAUAAUGAAGCAUUAUCUACUUUACAACAAUCUUUAGAGAUUUUAACAACUGCUAAUUUAAUGAUUUGUCCUCAUUUGACUUUGACUUAUUCACUAAUAGGUGAAGUUUUCGAGGCUCAGAGAGAUCCUUCUGCAUUAUCUUACUAUCGACAAGCAUGGGAUAUCGGCCUGAAAUGUUUACCUCCAACAGAUCUUAUCAUGGUUCAACUACGACAAGCACUAUCUCGAUUGCAACAUUAA